AUGAGUCCUAUCCCAAAUAGCUUUGUAAAUAAAGAAAUGUCACCUUAUAAUAUGAAUUGGUUGAAAUAUUUGUCUGAGAAUGAUACAAUCAUUACAUAUUUAUUUGUUGGACAAGUUAGUUCCAGAUUGAAAUGUAAGAUAUGCCAUACAUUAUCAGUCAAUUACGAGGCAUUUUCUAUAUUGUCCUUACCCAUACCAAAUGUUGUUACAUGCAACAUUAUGGAAUGUUUUAGACAAUUUUUCGAAGAACAGCAAUUGGACCCACCGAAUCAAUGGAAUUGUGUCAAAUGUGGCAUAAAGACACCUUCUGCUCAAAAAAUAACACUUAUAAAAAUGCCUACUAUUUUAAUUAUUCAAUUAGCAAGGUUUCACAAUAAUUUAAUCAGAAAUAAUUGUUUUAUUCACUACCCACUUAUUCUUGAUUAUCGAUAUACAGGAGUACUAACCAAUUCUUAUACAAAUAAUUUCAAAUAUGAAUUAUAUUCAGUAGUAUGUCAUCAGGGAAGUGUUAAUAAUGGUCAUUAUAGUACAUUUGUCUAUAAAGGUGAUAAAAAUGGAUGGUAUUAUUUUAAUGACACUAUUUUUAAAUCAAUUCAAACACUUAAUGAAAUUAUCAGAUAG